UAUGCCAACAAAAGCAAAAUAUGAUGAAUUUGAAAUUUAAAGAUUUUUUGGUUGUCGUGAGGUAUAAAGAAGACUAAUAACAUAUAGUAUAAAGUUAAAUUAGGGAAAAAUAAUCAAGGCCAAUACUUUUUGCUUAAUUUCUUUCAUAUCAGCGAGAGGGAUUAACUUUAAAAAUUAUAAAACAUCCAAAAUAUAGAGCAUCCUGCCAUUCUUAAGAUAGUUUAGAUCAGAAAUGAAGGAAUAUACACAGUUUAAUAUUAAAAAUGAUAAUUAGAAAAAAAAUAACACUUUAUUAAACAGAUCAUGUGUGAUUUAUGAAUAUCCUACAGGGGGUGAACUAUAUGAAUACUUAUUCUAAACAGGAAAAUUCCAUGAAGCCUAAGCCAGAGUAUAUUUUAAAUAACUUGUUGAGGGUAAAAAUAAUUGACAUUUAAAAGGAUUGAUUUCAAUUCAUAGGUUAGGAUUAUAUCAUGGAGAAUUGACAACAGAAGUAAUCUAUUUUUCUGAUGCAAAAACCAUUAAAAUUGGUGAGCUAGGACUUAAUUAGAUAAGAAAAAAAAAAUAUAGUAAAAUAUAUUUAAAAGUAUUAGCUUUUGAGACUCCAACAUGGAAUAAAGAGAAUAACAAUUACGAAUAAAGUAAAGAUAUUUUUGCACUUGGGAUGAUCUUGUUCAUUCUAAUGGUUGGAAAACCUCCAUUCUCCAACACUGAAAAGACAAACCCAAAUUUUUCUGGUUUGUAAUCUGCAUCUCAAGCAAUUUGGAAACAGCUAAAAAUGAUUUAUCCUAAUGUGGCUUUCACUGAUGAAUUUAUGUAAAAUAUUCUUUGCUUAUUUCUAUUAGGGACCUUAUAGAAGGAAUGUUGACUGCUAGUCCAAAAAAUAGAAUGUCGUUAAGUGAAGUUUAUAAUCAUCCAUGGACUUAGAUUUAAUCAGAAUUUACAGAAGAAAUGGUUAGAGAGUUUAAUUCAAAGCAAAAGAAGAUUGAAUAAUUUUUAAUAAAAGCCAGUUUAACUCGUGAGCUUAAAUAAGGGCAGAUGAUUAUUAGCAAUAAUAAAUAAACACGUAUAAUAAAAAUUCAUAUGUAGUUCAAACAGGACUUGGUUUGUUUAGAUCAGAAAAUGAAGCAACAAAACAAUCUGAGGUGAUAUAAGAAAUUUAGUAGAUUGAAAAUAAAGCUUUAAAAUCAAUAUCUGUAAAUAUUAUUUAUUAUAAUAUUAGCCUGAUUUAAUGAGGUCUGAUAGUUAUUUAAUUAAUUUAGAUCCAAAUUAAAUCAUGAAAUUAAUAAAAACAAAGUUAGAUGCAAAAGAUUUUAAUUUAAAAUUUGAGAAAGAAUAAAAUGAAUUUAGUGUAAGCAUUCAUAGAAUAAUUUAGUUAAUAAUUUCAAGUGAUUUAAAAACAAAUAUUAAAAUGGAAAUAUUUUAAGUUGAAACUUAAGAAAAUACUUUGUGUCUGAAUUUUACAAAAUAGAAAGGUGAUUUUUUUGACUAUAUUGAAACAAUAAAAAGAUUUCAUUAAUUAAUUGAUAACAUAUAAUAAGAAUUAUCAAAUGAUUCAUAAGGAAAAGAGAAAACAGUUUGA